AUGCAUGCCAAAAUUUCCAAACAUGCCUUUCUGGGCGUGCUCUGGGCAUUUACGGCUACUGACACUGUCUUCGUCCUCUUUCGCAUCUUUGUCCGGAUUGCCUCAUUCCGUCGACUCUUUGUCGAUGAUAUCUUCGUGCUACUCGCAUGGGCCAUCAUGCUGACCAAUGCGAUCAUCUGGCAGAUCCAGGGGCAAGUGCUUUAUAAUUUGUAUGCGAUCAGCACUGGCCAGGAAUCAUACACCCCUGCAGUUCUGCCUAUGUUUGAAUCAUUCAUGCGAUAUAUAGCUCCCAUGACCAUUAUGUUCUACUCAGGGCUGUGGGCCAUUAAGUUCUCAUUCAUGUCCUUUUUCUUCCGCCUCAACUCCAAGGUCAAGAGCCAUCGUAUUUGGUGGUAUGUUGUCAUGCUGGUUGUUGGAGGCGUCUAUAUUGCAUGCGUGGCCGACGUCGACUACAAGUGUAGCCUAGGCGGAAUGGAGUAUAUAAUCAGUGAGAACUUUGACGAUCUGGUCCAGCCCAGAAGACAAAGACUAACGUGGGGUUAUAAUCAGCCAAAUGCAGCGACCUCGAUCAUGUCCAUUAUCAGAACCGCACAUUCUGGGCAAACUGUGCCGGGGAUAUUGUCACUGAUAUUUUGA